CUCCAAACUCCACCUACGCCGCCGGGCAGACUUUCUGAAAAGACGACAACGACACUUGGACACUUGGGACACGGUUUCUCCCAUCAUCUCUCUCCUUCACUCCUUCAACUUUGUCCAUUUCUGCUCUAGCCACAGCUGCGUUUUUGGGGGCCGCCUUUAUUCAGUCAUCAAAUCCCCAUCUUGGAAUUGCACCUGCGCCAACACCAGAAUUCUGCCCCUUCCGAUUUUUGUCACCGACGCGUUCCUUCCACCUUGGCCGACUGGUCAGCCUCUGCAACCGCCCGCUGCCUUUUCUUUCAUCAACCACAACGCCCUCUGCGCCUUGAUCGAGAAUCAGUUCCUACGCGAACAUGAGCGCGACUUUGUUCUGCUGAUCACCAGGACAUGUCGCGCCCGCUGGGCAGCAAAUUCGCUGAUUUCUUCCCUAGCGCUCCCAGCGUCAUAUCUCGGCCAAAGCCUUCAAGGUCUCUCGAAUCCCAUCCACCUUUCUCAGAUAAUCCUCUCGCGCAUAACCGAGAUGAAAAGAGCCUGGAGAAUUCUGUUCACGCUCCAGUAAACUCAACUUCCAUCACCGCCGAAGCGAUAUCCGCGUCAAAACAUGACUCUUCCUUGAAGCUGCAUAGCACGACAAACAUCCACGACGAAGCUGAUCAUCUCGCUGGCGAUCUUCUCAAUGGUGUCGCCUCCGCCAGUUCCUCUAGCACCGCCUCCUCGGUCUUCACCGCCAACCUCUUACACGGCGCAAUGACCGCCUCAAACCAUCACAAUGUCACAACCUUGACCCCCCUCACCAGCUCCGACUCCCCAUCAAACACAAAGUCCACCAUAAGCCCAACAACCGAUAGCACUCCUCAAAUCGCUAUUGAUGGCAUCAAUCCCGUCCCCAAAUCCAACCAUGGAUCCAUCACGCCGCUUCACACACCUCCCACCCACCAAAGGAUGGCCCGUGGGCCUGAUCUUCAAGUCAAGGGCUCCAAAUGUACCUAUGACCCAGAACUCGACCGAAAUCUCAAUACAAAAGACAAGCGGAAACUCAAAGCGCAGUUUCAAGAUUUCGGUACAAGUUCAGUUGAUAAUUUUAAACCCCCCGAUCCCCGCCUAGCCAUUCCGAAUUACACAAAAGGAGGAGCUGGCAAAGGCAAGUCCAAGUUCCGGCCGGCACCAUACAAUCUCAAAUCGUGGACUCCCGACCUUACCACUACCGUCACUUCCUCUCCCGCCACCAUCAUCGUUGUUACAGGCUUCGACCCCAUGACGCCACUGUCGCAGAUAAAUGCCCUCUUCUCCAGCUUUGGCGACAUUGCUGAUUUGGACAACAAGACCGAUCCAGUCACCGGUCGUUUUCUGGGCAUUUGUAGUAUCGAGUACCAAGAUUGCGCAUCAUUUCAGGGCGGUGGACCCAUCUCUGCCGCGCUCGCUGCGAAGACCGCCUUCCUUGAAGGCAAAAGAGGACAACGAAUAGGGCUGAAAACAGUUCAAGUAGCCCUCGAUCGAGAUGGAACUGCCACCGAAAAGUUGGUGGAUAAGGCAAUUGCACUUCAUCGCAGGGAAAGCGGCUUCACGAACCAGCCGCGCACGCAACCUUCUCCGUCUCCUACGACCGCAGUUGUUACUCAGUCGCCAGGAUUCGCAAAAUCCAUUGGCCCUCCGCCGACAGCCCCGAAAGGCCCAUCAGCGAAGACAAUGGCUCGCCCUCCGUCCACCUUUCCUACACCGCCGACGAUGCCGAUCAAGUCUGAAAAAGCCGCCGCAGUCCCAAAGGCUACCGGGCCGCAUGUGGUAGAAACAGACCCGAUCGGCCCAACCUUGACAAUGCCUUAUAUUUUCAUCGCUCACGCGUACGUGCCCGUCAUGGCAACUACCAUUCCACAUCUGAAGAAAAGGUUGAGAAUGUACGAUUGGAGAGAUGUUCGCUGCGAUGAGACGGGAUACUUUGUCAUCUUUGAAGAGUCACGCAACGGUCAGAUGGAAGCGAGAAAAAUGUAUCACAGCUGUCACAUGCAGCCUUUGUUUACAUAUAUGAUGAACUUGGAACUUCAUCUAAGCGGCAAUGGAAAGACUAGUAUCUUGUCCGACUCGACUCCGGUGAAACCCUCUGGACCUGUCGACUUUGUCUACUCAAAGCAAGCCUACAGAUUGCGCAAGGAACACGACCUGGAUUUGGAGGAAGAGAAGCGCCAACGUGCGCGUGACUUGGACCCUUCAAGAGCCGUGGUACAGUUGGUUAUUCAAGAACUUCGGGACAAACUACUCGAGGAUGUCAAGUCACGCAUAGCUGCGCCAGUACUGUUUGACUAUCUGGAUCCUAGCCGGCACGCUGCACGGCGGAAGGCUCUUGGGUUGGACGAUUCAGAAAGGUCUCAGAAGUCACGACAAGCAGACGAUGGGUCUCAAACUCCAGAUUCUCGUGUCGGCUCAUCGUGGAACAGACGACAAGGCAAGAUAUCCAAUGUUCUUUCAUUGCCAAAAAUCCACAAGCGCGCCGGCGCUGAUCGCGGUGUUGCGCUUUUCGGUGACGAGCGGAGAAAAGCCCCACCCUCGAGACCGUUCGUGCGUCCCCUGUUCCACCAGCUAUCUCAAUUCCAUGACGAAGACGAUUCGGAAGAUGAACAGCGAACUUCCUUCACGCGAGACACCGAAGACCUUGAGAGCCGACCAGCUUCUCGAAUGAGCAUGACCUCUGUCUCUGAAGCUGAAGAUGAUCUUCUACGGAAAAGCGCCAAAAGGCGGCAUCUUGCACGUGAGGACUCGGAAAUGCCGGACACUUCAGUUAAAGGCGAGGUUGAUACGACACGGACCAGUGCUGAAGACCUUAUCAUCGCUAAAUUGGAACGCAACAUCUAUGAGAUGUCACCAUCGUCAAGAAAGCGCAAGAGAUUAGUCAAGGAGCUGGAAGCCCGCAAACGUCAGAAGGCCGACGAGGAGUUGUUUGGAGUUGGUGAUCGUGAAGGCUCCGAAGAGGUCAGAACGCAGGGCGCUGAAACAUCGGUAGAAGCGACUCCUGAUGUCGAACUGGAGCCGCCGAAACCUGCAGCUGUCAAACAACUCAAGCCCAAGCCGAAGAAAACAAAGAAGCAGAUCCUUCUAGAGCAAGAACAGGAGGCCCUUCGACAAGCCGAAGCCGAAGCUGAAGCUGCUGAGGUUGUGGAUAAUGUCCUCGAGCUCGCAGAGGAAGAGGAGGCUAUCGCGACGGCAGCGGAAUGGCGACCAGAAGUCGAAUGGGGCGUCUCCGCCGAAGAGCCCCAACCCACGGUUGACGAUGACGAGGAAAUCAUCCCAGAUCUUCGAGGAUGGCAAGCCAGCUUGUUCGACGAGGAGGACCUAAAGCACCUCGCUGCCGCGUUGAAGCCGAAGAAACCAAUGGACAUCGGCAACGCAAUGGCCUGGGCCUGGAAGCAAGAACAAAUCCGGAACUUCAAGCCUGGGACACAGCCUGGGGCACUUAGGACUGGGCCUACCAUCGAGGGUUACUAUGUUCCAAAUGCUUCAGGAUCUGCGAGGACUGAACCAGUCCGAAGGAUUCUGGAGUCUGAGAAAUCAAAGUACUUGCCUCACCGUAUCAAAGUGCAGAAAGCACGAGAGAAACGGGAAGCCGAGGCAAAGAAAGAUCCUUCAGGAAUUGUGAAACAGGCCGUGGAGCUCCCCAAGGCCUCAUCCCGUGGCAAACGUGCGGACGAUCGCCGUACAGUCAAAGAUCUUGACCGACAACGAGAAAUGCUGCAGAGCAUUGGAGAUGAUGCAGACGUUUUACGAUUUAAUCAACUGCAGAAGCGCAAGAAGCCAGUCAAAUUCGCCAGGUCAGCUAUCCAUAACUGGGGUCUGUACUCUCUGGAACGAAUUCAAACGAGUGAAAUGAUUAUCGAAUACGUUGGGGAAAAGAUUCGGCAGGAGAUUGCCGAUCUACGAGAGGUCAAGUACACUGAGAUGGGAAUUGGUAGUAGUUAUCUUUUCCGGAUCGACGAAGGCACAGUCGUGGAUGCCACUAAAAAGGGAGGAAUUGCACGUUUCAUCAAUCACAGUUGCUCGCCCAAUUGCACGGCCAAGAUCAUACGGGUUGGAGGCACCAAACGGAUCGUCAUUUAUGCUUUGAGAGAUAUUGAGAAGGGUAAGAACAGGCGUAUUGGUUGGUUGUUUUCGUCGCUAAUCUGUGUACAGAUGAGGAACUCACGUACGACUACAAAUUCGAACGUGAAAUCGACAGCGACGAUCGGAUUCCGUGUCUUUGCGGGUCCGCUGUCUGCAAAGGGUUUCUCAACUAGUUCUCAACUCUCAGGCGAUAUCCUUUUUGCCGUCACUGCCGGUCGGCCGAGGUGCUCAAUGGCAGACGAACGACCCAAUAAUGAUCCCUUAUCCUUUGGCCGCACAUUCAUUCGAAUACAUGAUAUUUUCUGGCGUUUCUCCUCUCUACAAACCAAGACACAACCAAGGCGAAGCAUCUAUUUUGCAUGGAAAAGGGUUCAUGGGAACACAGUUUUCUGGAGUUUGCAUAUCAAGCAUGGGAGGGUGGACGUCAACCGAACCGGGCCAGUUGGGCGCCCUGGACUUGUUUCAACCAGUCGAUUUGAGGACGGCGUGUCGUGUGAAACGGGGCCGGCUAACUUGCAGUCAGUGGGCGGGCGCACAUGGGAUUGAGAGAUGGAUGACAUGACAUGGCAGCAUGCCCAUUCCAUCUCAACAGGGUCUGGAGAUCUGAAAGUCAUUGAUUCCGAUGUACUUGUAUAUUGGGCUACGGUACCCAGCACAGAGAAGUGAGAAGAGGGCAAGGGUGAAUAAAAGAGCAGUGUGGGCCAUGCUUGUCAUUGAAUGAAAGUGCCUUGCCUGCUAUGUUGUUCUGCUGAAAAAGUGGAGGGAACCCAGCGGCGAGAAGAAAGACGAUGAUGAUUGAUCAACUCUCAGUACAUAACACAUACGUAGUGUUAAUGCUCUGCCGCAGAUGACGGUGAG